AACCCAAAGACAAAACAAACAAGCUACACAAACUAAGUCCCUUUGUCGAUGAGUACGGUGUGCUCAGGGUUGGAGGACGUUUGACAAGAUCUGCCCUUCAUCCACAUGUAAAGCAUCCUGCCAUUGUACCUAAGGCAAGUCAUGUGUCUUCUUUACUCAUCAAGCACUACCAUGAAAAGGUGCAUCAUCAAGGAAGAGGAAUAACUGUCAAUGAAUUGCGAUCCAAUGGUAUAUGGGUUACAGGUUGCAGCAGCGCAGUUGCCUCGCACAUCUACAAAUGCACAACAUGCAGAAAGUAUAGAAGGAACACACAGGAACCAAAGAUGGCAGACUUGCCAGACGAGAGACUGGAAAUGACCCCUCCAUUCACAUAUUGUGGUAUAGAUUGCUUCGGACCAUUCUAUGUGAAAGAAGCGAGAAAGGAACUGAAAAGAUAUGGUCUUCUUUUCACUUGUAUGUGUUCUAGAGCCAUACAUGUUGAAAUGCUUGAUGAUCUCACUACAGAUGCUUUCAUCAAUGCACUGCGUGCAUUCAUUGCAAUACGUGGAAAUGUAAGACAGUUGAGAUGUGAUCAAGGCACCAACUUUGUUGGCGCUAAAGGAGAGUUCAUGAAUGCAAUGAAGGACCUGGAUCAUGAACAGGUAAAGGAACAUGGAUGUGAGUUUGUUAUGAACUUCCCAGCAUCAAGUCACAUGGGAGGUGUAUGGGAGAGACAAAUUAGGACCAUCAGAAGCGUUCUAACAGCGAUCCUUGACCAAUCUGCUAAAAGACUUGACAGUGCAUCACUUAGAACCUUCCUGUAUGAAGUGAUGGCUAUCGUAAAUAGCAGACCUCUGACAACAGAGCACUUAAAUGAUCCAACAAGUCUUGAACCUCUCACUCCCAACCAUAUCCUCAUGAUGAAGUCAAAGAUAACAACUCCCCCUCCUGGUCAGUUUGUGAGUCAGGAUCUCUACCUCCGCAAGAGAUGGCGACAGGUACAGUUAUUGGCAAACGAAUUCUGGACACGGUGGAAGAAGGAGUACCUCCUUAAUCUUCAGCAAAGACAAAUAUGGCAAAAGGAUAAGAGAAAUACGAAGGUUAAUGACAUUGUCAUCCUACAAGAGGACUGCUCUCCACGAAAUCAAUGGAGAUUAGCAAGAGUAGCACAGGUGUACCCUAGCACUGAUGGAAGAGUCAGAAAGGUAAAACUGUUAAUUAGUGACUCAACCUUAGAUAACCAGGGAAAACGCACUACAAAGCCAGUCUAUCUUGACAGGCCUGUAUACAAGACAGUUUUACUGCUUGAAGCAUAA